AUGAAUGCAGAAUUUCAACAUAUGGAAAAUCCAGUUGUUUAUGCAAUCAGUAUGAGUUGGUUUAAAACAUGGGAAAAUUUUGUUUGCAAAGAUCAAGAACAACCUGGACCAAUAGAUAAUAGCUCAAUUUGCUAUGUGAAAAACAACCAAGCUAUCCUUAAACUUGGUUCAGACUAUUGCUCUGUUUCCAAAGAAAUGUAUUUAUAUUUACAAAACAUUUAUGGUGGUGGCCCAGAUAUAACUUUGCAACCAAACAGUAGGCUCUCUUCACGCCAAGUCUCUUCAUCUUCAAGUGUCACCUCAAAACCUUCUCAAUCUACUAUUCAGAGUGCUCAAGUGCAUGCAAGCACUAUCAGUGCUAAUGUUUCUAGUCAUUCUCAAACUUCAUCGAGUGUUGAACUUCUAAUUUGAAUAUCAUAAUAAUGAAGGAUUAACCUUGAAUUCGUUGUCCAGGGUCCAGGUUGUCAGAGCCUCUAAAGUCAAAUUGAGUGUUUUCUCCAGCAUAGAGAUAUCAGAGCCAGUAGACCAAAUAACAAGGUCAUCGGCAU